CCCGGGAGGCUGCAGGUGCCCAUUUCCUGUCGAGGGGCGAUGAGCACGUGUCGCUAGGGGUGGAAAGGAGCGGCGUCCGUUCCGCCGAGUCACGGCGGCCGAGUCACGGUGGGUGACUCACCCCGGGCGCCCCUCCCUUCCUGGCCCGGAGCGGCCCGGGCCCUGACAACGUCGGGAGCGGGAGAUGCCGCCGGCGAAGUUCCACCUCGUGCCAAGCAUCAACACUGUGAGUGGCAACCAGGAGCUGCAGUGGAUGGUUCAGCCUCACUUCCUGGGACCCAGCAGCUACCCCAGGCCUCUGGCCUAUCCCCCAUACAGUCCCCCACAGCCCCGGCCAGGAGUCAUCCGGGCCCUGGGCCCAACUCCAGGGGUGCGUCGCCGGGCCUGUGAACAGAUCAGCCCCGAGGAGGAGGAACGCCGUCGAGUGAGGCGGGAGAGGAACAAGCUAGCUGCGGCCAAGUGCAGGAACCGGAGGAAAGAACUGACCGACUUCCUGCAGGCGGAGACCGACAAACUGGAGGAUGAGAAAUCUGGACUGCAGCGAGAGAUUGAGGAGCUGCAGAAGCAGAAGGAGCGCCUGGAGCUGGUGCUCGAAGCCCACCGCCCCAUCUGCAAAAUCCCGGAAGGGGCCAAGGAGAGCGAAACCAGCGGCACAGGCGGUGCCAGCGGCAGCAGCAGCCCGCCAGGCCCCUCCCGCCCUGUGCCAUGUAUCUCCCUUUCCCCAGGGCCUAUACUUGAACCCGAAGCAUUGCACACUCCCACGCUCAUGACCACACCCUCCCUGACUCCUUUCACCCCCAGUCUGGUCUUCACCUACCCCAGCACGCCAGAGCCCUGUGCCUCAGCUCAUCGCAAGAGUAGCAGCAGCAGUGGGGACCCCUCUUCUGAUCCCCUGGGCUCCCCAACCCUCCUGGCCUUAUGAGGCACUCCAGCUCCUGCUCCCCAUGGGUGCCACCCUAACCAGUAUUUCCCUGCUCAUUGGUCCAGCUGGUCUGGAUCAUAUCCCAUGUCCAACUCCAGCAGAUUCUUCUGCAUCCCUCCAGACGAGACUGAGCAUAUUUUGCUUCCUAGUAGAGCCAAAGCUGCCCACUGGUUCUCCAGAGCUGGCCUCUCUAGCACAAUUUGCACUAAAUCAGAGACAAAAUAGUUCCCACUUGGAGGGAAUUCCGGGCAGCUCCCAAGGGACUUUGUAGAUUCUCAGAGGUCCUCUGGAGCCCUAAUCCCCUGCAGGUCACCCCUAUGGUCUUCAUCGCCUCUUCCUGUGAUCCACCCAACCCUACCCCUGACAGAAGAUGAUACUCUACCAGCCUAGAACACUAACUCACCCAGCCGCCCUGCGAGCAGCACCAGGUUACUGAACCAGGACACUCUGCCAGCGCCUCCUAAAAGGAACGGCUCAGGAGAGUGCCAGAGCUGACCUGCAGCCCCCAGCUCUGAGAAGACUUUAGCUCCAAGCCUCCACAGCGUGGGCAGCUGCUAUUUAUUUUCCUAAAGAGAGUAUUUUUAUACAAACCUGCCAAAAUGGAAUAAAAGGCUUGAAGCUCUA